AUGCCGGAUCUAUAUAAACUAAGUAUACUUUUAAUUGUAAUAUCGUUUCAUGCAGUGAGUGGUUUGUACAUUAUCCGCCCUCUUUAUCCUCAUAUUGAUUCUAGUAACUAUCUCUAUAAUCCAGCAAUAUCACCAUUUCCGAUUAACUUCAUUCAUGAAUCAACUGCAAGUUCAGGAGCAACAGCUGAAAUGCCUUCAGCUUCAGUCCCUCCAUCCGAUUAUCCAUUCUCUUACCCCAUCCCUUCCUCUGAAAAACGUUUUAGUAAACAGCCCAUUGUUAUACCGGAUUGGAUGAAUAUUUCACCUUAUUAG